UCUUAUUUUAUUAAUCAAAUAUUAAUUUUUAUGUUAAAUUUAACAAGAAUGGAAUGGAAUAGAGUGGAACUAUUUUGUCAACAAUUUUAUGAGACCACAACAUAUAAAUCCUGGUGGAGAAAGGAAAUAUUGAUCAUGAAAUGUGACAAAAGAAACUUGGGACGUACAUGUCGUAACUGUACACUCAGAAUUCAUCAUUGGGAUAAUUAUCACCUCACCAAUAACGAGAUGGAAUGGUCGUAUUAUAUUGUACACUAUUUUAAAAACAAACCCAUCAAAUGGUUAACAAGGGAAUUAGCCUUAUAUGCCAUUCCAAAUUCCACAUUCAUUGGAAGGCUAAAUGGAGAUUACAGGCACGCUGUUUGGAACAGUAGAUUAUGGGAUAGAAAAUACAAUCCAGAAGACUAUCCCAUCAUUGAGGAGGAUGAUUGGGAGACCAAUUAUGAUGAUGAACAAUAUUCAGCAGCAGUGGAACAGUAUGGAAAUAUUAUAGAAAAGUACAAUUUAUUGGUUUCAGUCAAUAAUAUUUCCUAUCAAUAUUUUCCUUUCGAAGCAAAAAUGUUUCCGUUAAAUUUUAAUAAUAUAACGAACAUUAUGGUGGAAUCGGAAAAUGGAUGUCACGGCUAUAAGGAUAAUUAA